UUCAUCCUCCACGACGUUAUCGAUCUCGUGAUGUGCAUAUCUCGAUCGCAUAUCUCUCGCACUUUCACACAAUGACUUGAGCUGCAACACCGCUGCCACGAGCAGCACCACUCUCCGCCGCCAUGGACUCUCGACGACCGCCUGAGUAUGCGAUCGACCUCACAGCCGACCGGUCACACGUCAGAGACAUCGUCAAAGGCCUCCUCCAUACCAUCUUCUUCCACCGCUACUUCACACCAAUCUACCCUUCCACCCACGAGCUCCUCGACCUAACCCUCCCCUUCGUCUCUCAACCCGACAUCGAAGCCCUCAUCGAAACCCGCACCACAACCCUCCUCCGCCACUUGGACACCUCCUCCUCCAGCUCCUCCUCCCGCAACCAACACACCUUCCUCACCCUAACUCUCCAAUUCCUCGAACGCAAACGCCGGCGAACCUGGUUCCUCCAAAAACCCGACGAAGAAACACCCUGGGAAACAUGGAAUCUCAACAUCACCGUGCUCCCCAAUAACUCCCGCUCCAGCGGUCUCUCAAACACCCCAUCGAAUGACUACUCUUACAAUCAGACACGACAGAUCAUGUCACAUGAGUUGGAGAAAGCUACAUGGCAAGUUCUGGAAAUUGCGAAUCAGCAGAGGAAUCAUAUUCCACCGAUAACGACGAAUGAGAGUAAUCCAUUUCCUUAUGAUUUGAAGAUUAAGGUUGCGGGGUCGGGUGGGAAGGGUAUGAUACUGUUGGCUGGAGGUGGAGGGAGUGGGGGAGGAGGUGUGGGAGGUGGAGGGUUGGGAGAGAGGGGUGGACAGGAGGGGUGGGGAGGGAAGAUGGGGAUCUUUUGAAGCAGUAAGAAUUCAGGGAGGAAUAGUAGAGGAAAAUGCAUGCGAGCGCGGUCUUCAGGCCACAGAGCAGGAGGAUGAGGCACUCGAGAAGAAGCAUAUUGACAAUGGAGUUCAACGGCGUUCACGGCAGCAGAGUAUAUACGGCCGACUUUGGGGCAUGGGAAUGGUAUGAUUGAUU